AUGUUGAAGGCCUUUACUUCUCUUUUCAAAAACUCAGGAGGGAAAGUGACACCUAAGAUUGUGUUGACCCCGGAGAUACUCAGUAGUAGAGAAGGUGUCACGAACAAGCUCAAAGAUCUCUAUAGUACACAGAUCAAGCUGUUAAGUUCUAAAAGAGAUGCUAAGAUACCUGUUGUGAAUCACUAUGUUGAACUGCUGGAACAGUAUGAGAAACAGAAUGAAGAAUUGCACAAGCUAAACCCCUUAGAUGAGGGAUUAUCCCAGGAAUCAUUCAUUGAACUACUUGAUAAUCAACUGUCGGUUAAAGUGGAAGAAUUGGCAAAAAUUAACUCAAAACUCUCCUUUGAAGAUCUAAGCAAUUUAAAUGCAGUAUAUAGUGACUCAAUAGAUAGGUUUUUUUGGGAUUUCCACACAAACCGUAUAACAUCAACCUACACAUUAAAGGAAUACAUUGACCCAGAGCCACUAAUGAAAGUGCACGAUGCACGAAGUAUCGUUGAACAAUCGAUUCAAACAACAUCACAGAUAUUAUCUUUGAACGACUAUCCCGUGCCUACGUUUGAGAUAGAUUCCAUACCUUUGAAAGUCAAAUGUGUUGCUCCCCAUCUUAUACAUAUUAUGUUUGAAUUGUUUAAGAAUUCAACACUACCAUCCAUUUCGAGGAAAAAGCCAAUUAUUGUUCGUGUUACUGAUGAAGACGGAUUUGUGAUGUUUGAAAUAGCUGAUCGUGGAGGCGGUAUGCCGGACUCUUCAUUGGAUAAAAUUUGGCAAUUCCAUUAUACCACUUCAAAGAUCAGUGAGCGUGAUCCGAUUCACGGAUUUGGCAUGGGAUUGCCAUUAUGUAAAGUGUUUGCGGAUUUUAAUAGUGGAAAACUAUCAAUGGUCAACCAUGAACACUUUGGCGUCUCUGUAUUUUUGAAAAUUCCAAGAGCGUUUAAAGACUAA